UUCUUCAUUUUCUCCAUGCCUAUGCCCUAUGCUUGAGUGACUUUUGUGCUUUGAGUUUGCAUGAAUAUUCCCUACAUUACAUAGUACUUCGUGUUACCAAGAACAUUGAAGUAAUUAAUUGGUCAACUUAUCCAAGUGGAUUGUGGCUGCUUCUUUUUAUUCAUUUCAAAACUUAUUUUUGUUUCUAUCUUAUUUCUUGUGUCACGAUAAACCUUGAAAAUCUCAAGAGGAAAGAGAGAUGACCUCUCAUAACUUAGACCCAGACUAUGUCGAACCUAAUGGGCCAAACCCGUCAAACGGAAACAACUCGUCUAAUUCUAUGACAUCGCCGACGACAACAGCACCUUCUCAAGCCACCAUCGUCCAUAACCCGUCACAUCUUGGACCCGGGCCUGUACCCGAGCCCAACACACAUGCUCAUGUUCAUCAAGAACACACAGCCCCCUCCUUUCAACAAGCUCCAGUUCCCUAUGCGCCCACUCCUCCCUCAGCUCCAACCCCACUAUCAGUCUCCUCUGAAUCAGAAAUAUACGGCCCGGACCGACUUUUUGGUCCCCCACUCGUGUCUGGAGAUGCUGAUCGCUCGUCAUUAACAAAUACGGGUACCCGCUUUGAUCAACCACAUUAUAUGCCCAUGUCUGUGUGGCGAGAUGGCGCAUCUCCUGGCGAUUUCAAGGACGAGUUAACGAGGGCUGCAAGCAUGGUUACUCCUGGAGUGGACGACGGCCCCUACAUUCGCUAUGCUUUGGAUGCCCUAACUCAAGUUCGUGACAAUGGAAGAGGAGCUCCAUCAGGAUAUCUGCCAUCCGAAAGCGACGAAUCGCACCGUCAAACGUAUCAUUUCACUCCCACCACAGUUCCGAGCCCCUUAGUACCUUCGUCGGUACAUUUACCGCCAGGCACGAACACGGGUGCUCGCACUCCGCGAUUCUGGUCUUUGAUGCCAUCACCUGCCCCCAUCGCUUCACCUACCGCCGAGGAGGAGCUUCAAGAGAGGCGGCGGAAGCGUCAAGAAGAUGGGAACGAACGAUCGGGAAAUCGCUGGAAUGAGGUUCUGGCGGCCGCUGCCGCUGUAGGCAAUCACCAUCAUCACAACCCACCGUAUCCCAUGGAUCCACAGGGUAUGCGUAGCCCGUUGAAGGAAGCUAUCUCUUUCGAAGGGUGGGUUCCGAAGUCUCAAGUCCAUGGCUUGCCGAGGACCCAAGGUUAUUGGCAAGCGCAGCCAGACCUGGUGGUCACAGACCCUGAGAUGGGUCUGCACAACGCCCGUGGCGCUCUCCGCGCUGCUUCGCCAUUGACAUUGAAACCUUGGAUUCUCCGAUCGCAGUCCUUGUUGCUUCUAGCGACCUUGUGUAUGUUGAUGAUUGCCGCUAUUAUCUUUUGUGCCGUGUAUUCCACCAACAAUCUAGGCUUCACGCCCUACUCUGGCACGAUAUAUGGCGGCCAGUAUUUCCUUUUCCGCAUGCUUCCGCAGUUGCUAGCAAUGAUCCUUCUGAUAUAUGCCCAAUGUGUCAUUACUGCGGCGUUUUGGGUUUUGCCAUUUUCCGCUAUGGCUUCGGAUAAUCGUCACGAACGAAAAGGCGCCGUGUUUUUACCUUUAUACCCCAAGUCGUUUCUUUGGCCACAACUUGGUGGAAGUUGGAAUAUCUGGAUACCCAUUUUCAAUGUUUGGCUCCUUAAUUUUACGAUUCCCUUACAAAGCAGUCUUUUUACCGUCAUUCUGGUAGACGGGACGUGGACGUGGGCAACCGUCCAAGGUGUAGCAUGGACGUUGGUGGCACUAUACGUGUCUUUCAUUCUAUCGCUAGCUGUGUUGUUUGUUUUCUGGCGAAAGCGGAGAACCGGUAUGAUGCAACAAUGGGGAAUAAGAACUCUAGCGGAUAUCAUCUUCCUAAUAUCUCAGAGUAAUUCCCUAUCGCAGUACCGUGGGCUCGAGUCAGCAACUUCACGAAGAUCCAUGAUGCAGAAAAUUGGUGGGAGUGCUGAGAGGCUCGGCUUGUGGUUUGCCCCUGAGGCACCGGAAAUUGGAACAUGGUACGGCAUCGGGGUCCCCUUGGGCGAAAAGGCUUUCGAAUCCGAGAAACUGGGUGUCCAAGCCUGGGCAAGCCGGGGGCGACAGCCAUCUGUGGGAUCCGUUGAUCGACCCGGGAACCAAGGUUCUGAUUAUCCUUACCUCCCGUGGUGCUUUCGAAGCGGCCAGAUCGUUUCCUUUGCCUUGGCAUGCUCCCUACUCUUGAUUGCGUUAAUCGUGGUCUCCUUCCUCCCCCUCACCGAUAUACGUAAUGGUUUCCUCCCUCUACUCAGCGCCGCUCCGGAUGCGGGCGCAUUUUCGGCUGCCAACUUCCUCUACUCCUUUCUCCCUUCACUGAUCGGUCUUGCGCUGUUCCUUAUGUUUCAGCCUCUGGACCUUACCUUGCGUAUCCUAACCCCAUGGGGCGAGUUGACGCAUCCAGAAGGUUCACGGGCAGAGACCUCGCUUCUUGUGGAUUAUUCGGUGUGCCUGCCUCUCGAAUCGACAUUCAAGGCCAUGCGGAACCACCAUUGGCGGGUUGCCUUGGUGUCUCUAUUAUCGUUCUUGUUUGCCCUCUUGCCAGUUUUGGGUGGCGGCAUGUUCCUAGCUCUGACCCCGCCUGGUACUGACGUACGCAUGUUCCCGAACGUUCCCGCCUUUGCCAUCGCACUGGCACUGCUCAUCCUAUACGUCUUUGGGCUCUUUUGUUUGAUACCCAACAGAAGCCAGUUCCGUCUACCCCAUGCCGUCACGUGUUUGGCCGAGAUCAUCAGCUUCUGCUGUGACGACCAGUUGCGUGAAGACGACGCGUUUGACUGGAAGAUGCUGUUGACACCCCGAGACCUGGCCAAUCGACUCGAUGUCAGCAAAUACAGGCCUAGACAGAGCAGGUGGAUGUUCAGCGCCGGCCGAACGAGCGACGAGCGACUAAGCAUCAGACGCUGUACCAAGUACACCGUCAGCCCCAAGAAACUACGCACCUGGGAUAAAAGGGCGAAAGGCCAUCUGAUCUCGGCUCCUCUGCCUUACGACAACAGCUUUUUGUUCAACCGUUAACGAGGUUGGGCCUUUACUUUGCAUAUUUGCAACUCUAUAUUACUAUCUACAUAAUGUCUUAUCCCCCCUCACCCCCUUUUUG